CUCACAGCUAGAAAGGGCCCCUUUUCGCCCCGGCUGAGCACCUAUGUUCCCUUUUCCGCUCUUGUUGGGGGCUGCAGCGAGCACGGCCAUAUUUUCGGCCAUCACGAUCAUCCUCUGCUUCGUUCCUUAUCCACAAAAGACGCUCAAUUUCCUCGCAACCUCGCCCCUGGCCACGUCUUCGAGCUAUGACUAUGGUUCCUCUGUGAACUACUAUACUGCCACCAACAACGGCUAUGGCGGCUACUCAUAUGCCACUCCGUUGCCGCUUGUGUACACGACGACCCGUUCCGACGCCUACGGAACCUUCACAUAUACCGAAACAUCCUACAUUUACGCCGACUCUACCGAUACGGCGAAUUACUACUACGGGUCCUCGACUACACCCACGACCUAUGCUACCCGUCGCGCUGAGCCUGCUCCUGCAAUCCAAGAGCGUCAGCAGGUGACGUCUGCGAGUGCAACAACAUCCUCUACUUUGGCACCUGCUUUGACUCCGACAUCUUUGCAGAUCAACCAGACCAAUGUCGGUCCAAUCUACUCGAUUUGGCUCCUCAUUGUUUGCGUCCUUCUUUUUGUCCAGUCUGCCAGCCUUCUUGCGUACACGGUCAAGAAGCGGCGGAUGAUUCAGAAGCAGGAACAGGCCGACGUCAACGAGGGCAUCGUCCAACCUCUGGCGAGUAACCCCGAAGGACCGCCUAUAGGCACACCGACAGGAUUCCCAGCAGCUAUUCCAAGCCCACAGCCGUUCCAUACGCAGCCCGAGCAACAGCAGCAGCAGCAGCAGCAACCGCCCCCGACAAUGACGUCCGGACAAGCAGCGUCUCCUGCCGUCGGCGCGCAAAACUCUACUCGCACGCCGAGGGUGACGAUCGCUUAUGCGCGCUGUCACUUCGCAUGCCUUGUCAUCUUGGCUCUGCUGCUGAUUGUCCCAAUCGGCUUCCUUAUGAAUGUCGUCAUCGACUGGCACACCGUUGCCAAAAACGGCGUGUCCGACUUUGCCUCGUCGCCUUUCCUCGUUGGCGGCAACUACGGAGGAGGCGGAAGCUACGCCCUGGGAGCCUAUCUCGCUUCUGGGGGAUGCAAUGCGACAGCUGGCGGGAGUUCAUACUACUACAACAACGACUAUCUCAAUCCUUGCGAUGGCUUUGAUGGCUCGUACUCGACAAGUUUGUCUUCCCGCUACAACAUUGCCGCAUCGGACAAGACCCCUAGAGACCUAGCCUUCUACGCUAGUCCAUUGAUUGCCGUCCUCAUUUUCUGCUGGUUCCUGCUGCUGGCAUGCAUGGUCCUCGCGAUCGGUGUGUGCGCGAUGCGGGGCCCAAGGACAAAGAAGAGAAAGAGGAAGGAGGUCGAGAGGGAGCUGGAAUUGAUGAGGGCACGGCUGGACGAGCAAGAUCGCAUGCGUUUCUUGUGGAUGCAGCAGCAGCAAUAUCAACAGCAGCAAGGGCUGUACGGGGGCUACUUUGGUCAGCAGCCAGGCCAGCCAGCAGCCCAACAGCCAUCGACCCAGAAUAUGAUGACGUACCCGCAGCAGCAACAACAACAACAACAACAGCAGCAACAACCACAACAUGAGCAACAGGAACAGCAGCGAGCCGAAAUGCGACAGAUCGCCCCCCUAGACCCCAAUUCUUUCAACGAGGGGAUGACCGUCUCUCAACCUCGCUACACCGAUCUCGACCAUGUUUCCCAGGACAACAAUGUCGCAGGGCCAAGCAACAGCAACCGCCUGCAGCAUCAGACGCAAGCGCACGAGUUGUACGCCGAUGACGGAAACCAAGCCGAGGACGCUUCGUUGGAGCCAUCUGCUCCUGCUUCUUCAAAGGGCAAAGGUAAGGCGAGAGCCAUCAGCCACGAGAAUCUUCACGAAAGGCACCAAGAGAGGUCUUUGCAACACCAGCAAUGAGCACCUUGAAUGCUCGCAUCAUCUAAUUUCGAUACCCUCGCACAGCAUUGAAGCAACCACGGACACUUUGCAACAGACCCAAUAGUUCUUGCAAAUUACAAUAAUGAUUCGAGAUGCACUUGGCUCUGAGAGAAGAGAAGCCGCUUGUCCUGGCUCUGGCUUGACUUUGCGACGCAACAUUGAUCUUGAACAGACAUCAGCAAGUCGACAG